ACCGAUGAACCGGAUGUGCUUUUGUUUCGAACUGUGUUCAGAUGACAAGUUCUCAGCUUCUCUAAAGGAAAAUAAAGAAGAGGCAGAGUAUUUUCGUCGCGGAGGAAAUGUCUUCCGCGGGAGACACGGAGCGCUCCCCGGAGGGAACUGCCGUCUUGAACGUCUCGCAGCGCCGCCUGGUGUGUGUGGAGUACCCAGGGGUCGUGCGCCACCUCGACCGGGCCCUGGAGACCCUCAGGGGGGAGAAAGGCGUGUCCAAGACGUACAGUGACCCUUCAAAGCGUCUCGAGCUGUAUUACCGCCCGAGGGACCCCUACUGCCACCCAGUGUGUGGAAAUCGCUACCCCUCCACCAACCUGCUGCUCCGCGUCCGCAGGAGGGUCCGCAAAGGAGAAGGUGGCGGGGAGGCACAGGUUGCCAUGGAGGUUCUGGGAGUGAUUGGCACCACGUACAAAUUUCAGGGGAUGGCAGACUUUCAGUAUCUCGCCAUCCACAUGCGUCCUGACAGUACACACAUGUCCCUGUAUGACAAGAUCAUCCUGCGUCAGCCAGAGACGAAGGAAUUCUUUGACAUGGAUGUGCCCCUGUUCAUCCCUCCUCCCAUCUUCUCCCGCCUUGACACGCCGGUCGACUACUACUAUCGUCCAGAAAUUCAGCACAGGGAAGGUUACGUGCCCCCAGCUGUGUCCAGCGAGAACCUGAUAGGGCUGAGUCGAGCACGGCGCCCGCACAACGCCAUUUUUGUGAGCUUUGAGGACAAGACCGUGCCGAUGGAGCCGCUGGAGCCUGCUGUACAGAACUGGAAGCGUGUCUGCGUGCACCCGAGUGAGAUCAAGGCCGAGGAGGAGCUCAAGAAGAUGUUUGAGAGAAGGCCCAUCUGGUCUCGCAAUGCUGUCAAGGCCAACCUGGAUAUCCAUCCAGAGAAGCUGAAACUGCUGCUGCCCUACCUGGCCUAUUACAUGUUGACAGGCCCCUGGAGGAGCCUGUGGGUGAGGUUUGGGUACGACCCCCGGACAAAACCCGAGGCCAAAGCCUACCAGGUGCUGGACUUCCGGAUUCGCUGCGGGAUGAAGCAUGGAUACACGCCAAACGACCUGCCUGUGAAAGCCAAGAGGAGCACGUAUAAUUACAGCCUUCCCACCACGGUCAACAAGGCUGGGCCUCAACCGGCAAGCCUGCGGGAAAUCACACAGGAAGGAAGUGCACCCCCAGGCCGCAAGCCUGCCCCUCUGCGAUACAAGCUCAAAGAGUCUGCAUACAUCUUUCGCGAUGGAACGCUCCCUCCAUAUAGACAGAUGUUUUACCAGCUCUGUGACCUGGAUGUGGAGAGCAUAAAGAAGGUAAUCCACUGCAAUGAUGGUCAGGAAGAGGAGUGCAAUGAGCGGGAUGGCUGGUGUCUUCCCCGAACCACAGACGAGCUAAGGAAUAUCAUGUCCAGCAUGAUAAAACAGGUCAUCCGUGCUAAAAAGCCAGGUCUGUUUCCUGCCAAUGCCAAGGACACUGCUGAUGAAGCUGGGCAUGGAUCCCAGGAGCGGGAGAGCGGAGAGGAAGACGAAGAGGAAUUUCAGCCUUCGGAGGGCAGUGACAAUGAGAUGGAGACAGAGAUCCUGGAGUACAUGUGAAAUGUUGGACAGUGUUUAUACCCAUCGGGUCUUUAAGCACCGUGGCGUGUGCUUGUUUUCACUCUUGUUUUUAAUGGACCAGUUCUUUGGAUAAUAAUUCUGAUGGUCACCAGAGCUGACCAUCAAGAAACAUCCACCAGUGUUUGGUCAUGUUGCAGUGUUUUUGUACUGUCACAGCAGAGAAUGGAUAAACGAGCUUGUCAA